GCACUUACUACAUGGACAGUUAUGUUUCUGUCUGAGGAAGACAGACGCCUUCACAGAUGAGCACAAAAAGAUAAAUGUCUUUUCCCAACACUAAACUCAUGAGCUGGAUGUCUGAACCAACGAGCACUGACAAAGAGAAGAAAAAACCUCCACUGAAUGGGAGAAGAGCCCUCCCAUCAAACAACUCCAAUGCUGAAGAAAAUGAGGUCCCUGAAAUGGAUGCUUUUGGAUUGAUACCUAGAGGAUUUAAUCCAAAAGAUUACCUGCGUGUUGUGGACAUUCAUAUGUUCAAGGAACCCUAUGAGAUUAACAAGCAGCAGCACCAUACUGACAAGUACUACAACCCUAAGCUGAUAGUGCGUCGAGGGCAGCCUUUCCAAAUCCAGAUUGACUUCAACCGACCCUACAAGCCAGAGACAGACCAAUUCUGGCUGGAGUAUUUGAUAGGUCGCUACCCACAGCCAAACAAGGGCACCUACAUCCCGAUCCUUGUAGGUGACGUGCUGAAGCCUGAGUGGGGAGCCAAGAUUAUCCACAAGGAGAACAAUUCCAUUCGCCUGUCCAUCAUGUCCUCUGCCACCUGCAUUGUUGGGAAAUUUCGCCUGUAUGUUGCUAUCUGGACUCCCUUUGGCAUCAUCCGGACGCACAGAAACUCGGCGACUGACACUUACAUACUAUUCAACCCGUGGUGCCAACAGGAUGCCGUGUAUCUGGAUGACGAGAAGGAAAGGGAAGAAUAUGUCCUGAAUGAUGUUGGUAUUGUUUUCCAUGGAGACAUUGACGAAAUAAAAUUAAGAAGCUGGAGUUACGGUCAGUUUGAAGAAAACAUUCUGGAUGCAUGCCUUUUCCUGAUGGACAAGGCAGAACUGGAGCUGUCUGGGCGUGGAAACCCAAUCAAAAUCUGCCGUGUUGCUUCUGCAGUGAUCAAUUCCAGGGAUGAUAAUGGUGUUAUUGCUGGAUCCUGGGACAAUACCUACACUUACGGGGUUGCACCUUCCGCCUGGACAGGAAGUGUGGACAUCCUCUUGGAAUAUUACAGUUCUAAGCAGCCAGUGCGAUAUGGCCAGUGCUGGGUCUUUGCUGGUGUCUUCAACACAUUUCUGAGGUGCUUGGGGAUACCUGCAAGACUCAUUACCAACUAUUCUUCUGCCCAUGACAACAAUGCAAAUUUACAGUUGGACUUCUUUCUGGAUGAUGAAGGGCAAGUGGAUGCCAAAUUGACAAAAGACUCCAUCUGGAACUAUCAUUGCUGGAAUGAAGCUUGGAUGACCAGACCUGAUCUUCCUGUUGGUUUUGGAGGAUGGCAGGCUGUUGAUGGGACACCCCAAGAAACCAGCGAUGGUAUGUACAGGUGUGGCCCAGCUUCAGUUCAAGCCAUUAAACAUGGUCACGUUUGCUUCCAAUUUGAUGCUCCUUUUGUCUUUGCUGAGGUGAAUAGUGAUGUUGUUUACUCAAGAAGGGAAAAAAAUGGAGCCCAAAUUAUAGAAAAAAUUGACACGACCCAUAUUGGGAAGUUGAUUGUGACCAAAGGAGUCGGGAGUGAUGAAAUGGUAGAGAUUACUGAGGAGUACAAGUUCCAAGAAGGCUCAGAGGAGGAAAGACUGGCUUUGGAGACCGCUGUUAUGUAUGGUGUUAAAAAGCAAAGUACCCAAGAUGCCAUGUAUCAGCCGCAGAAGGAUGUUGAGAUGGACUUCCAAGUGCAAAAGGCAGUCCUUGGCAGUGACUUUAAAGUCACUAUAACAUUCAGGAACAAGAGCCGCAACUUCUACACUGCUACUACAUACCUUUCAGGCAACAUAGUGUUUUAUACAGGAGUCACGAAGAAUGAAUUCAAGAAGCAUUCUUUCAGUGUGAAACUGGAACCCCUUAUGUCUAGUGCUUUCGAUGUUAUCAUCACAUCAAGCGAGUACCUCAGUGACCUGCUGGACCAAGCCUCCUUUCAUUUCUUUGUGACAGCACGGAUCAACGAAACAGGGAAGAUCCUGGCUGCCCAGAAGGCAACGGUCCUGGAAAUUCCUUCCCUGCGGAUCAAGACUCAAGGUGAGAUGGUAGCUGAUAAAGAAAUGUCUGUGAUUGUGGAGUUCACCAAUCCUCUGAAACAAACCCUGGAGGACAUCACGCUCCGCCUCGAGGGACCUGGAGUGCUGAAGACGAUGAAAAAGGAGUUCAGGCAAAUCCCAGCGAACUCUACCUUGAUCUGGGAAGUAAAAUGUAUCCCAAAACGGCCAGGGUUACGAAAGCUGAUUGCAAGCCUGAAUUGUGAUGCUUUGAGGCAUGUGUAUGGUGAGCUGAGCAUCCAGAUUCAGAAACCAUGAACCAAGGUGCUGUCUUCAUCCUUUCACUUAGCUCUCAUUAUUUCAAAAUAUUACAUUAGAAGAGGAAAAUAGAGACAGAGGUGGAAAUCUGCUUUUUGUUAUUUUGGUCGUCCUUUGUGUUGCACAAAAUUUGAUAUGGAAAAGUAACCAACAACACUGGGAAGAGAGAAUAAAAAGGGAUCUGAAUGGUGAAUGAUUCAAAAUUAGAUACACGUAAUCAAAGGCAAUUCUAGGCCGUAUUAUUGCUGUAGUUCACUUGUAUUUAUGGUCUUUUGCAUUAGUGCUGCAAGGGAAUCUGAAAGGCUUCAUUCACCUAAGUAGUCUGAACUUUAGUUUUAAUUAAGGCCUGAUAUUUCACUGAAAAGAAAAAAGGAAGAACCCAGUGCUAUAAAUUCUUAGAGUGAAUUACACAACCUUAUGGUAGAUUAUUCUGGCUGCAAUAAAAACAGGUAUUUCUAGCUAACAGGACUGCUUUAUGCUACAGUGUUAUAAUUUUCCAGUUCAUGGACAGCAUGCUUUGCUGGAAUCAUCCCUCAGGGUUUGAUAUCUCCGGAGUAUUUCCAGCUUCCUGUUCCCACUUGCUGCUUCACUAUGCUUUUUCUCUUGCUCUUUCAUGCAUGCUUGCACCCAUACAAUACUCACUUUGUUUCAUGCCCUUUGCCCAUCCUGCAUGCUGUUAAUUUGCUAUUCCUUUCCUUUGAUUGCUGAAAAUACGUAGUUUUUCAUGCCCCUGCUCAGAUUUUGUCCCACCAAACUUGCAUUUCCUGGUCACAUCUCUUGCAUAUGGUUGUGCUCUCCAUCCUUUUCUGCCUUUUCUUCUCUCCUAAACCUCAUAGCCCCAUUUUCUAUGUGUGUGUUGAGGGGGUCCCCUGCCCCAGAGCAGUCCAGGCCCCACCAGCUUGUACAUGGGGCAGAGGAGAGAGGAUCGAAGGGGACUGAGGGGCAGCUUUCCAGCCCCACAAGCCUAACAAACAUCCUGCACUGGAACUGCCACUUGAGGAUGAGCCUAGAUUAAACCAUGCCCAAGCAUUCCCUGGGAAUCAUGACCACUGCAAAAUCAGGACCUGUUACAUGGAAAACCCCAGGAAGAUUUAGGGACAGAAGCUCAGCUUACAGGAAUAAACAUGCAUCCUAAGAAUCAGAAACUCUGCAAGCUGGGUCAGCUUCCUGCCUUGCUUGGAGCAUAUUCCUCUGUGAGAUGCCAUGGGGCCUGCUAUGGCUUCGCUCCUCUCCUGAGGCCCUUCUGGCCCAGAGGCUGUCCUGAAUCUGUGUUUUCCAUUAGUCUCCCAUGUAGGGUGCCAUUCCAUCCUUAGCCGUGAACCCCCUUGUGCUAGGGGAGCAGGAGUGUGUGUGGUCAUUUCUUAUCUCUCCCAAAAUCCUUCUCAGGAUAUUUUUUCAAAUGAGGCAAAUAUGUGCAAGCCACAGUCAUGUGCCCAGGUGUGGUGACUCUCCACUGGCCAAAGUGUGUAAGAACAUAUCCCAUACUAACAGCUUGGUUGAGAUAACUGAGCUUCCAAAGAAGUUACAAGGAGUCUUGUGCUUAUUAAAAACUGUGGCUAUAUUGUGCUGUGCAUGGCCAUGUCAUUUUAUGGUCUCAUUAGUGAGAGAGCAGGAGAGAUGACAUGCCUUCUGCUCCCCUUCUUGCCACACACUGCUUUCUACAAAAGUGGUGACCAGUUGUUAAAAAUAAGUAAGCCCAGGGGAGGAGAAAUGCAGGCUGCUCUUUUGCUAAAGUAUGUGGAGCAAAGCAAAGAUUCAUACCUCACAUGCUCAGUGAGUAACCCUGGAUCCAGGAACACCAGACCUUUUGGGGCUUUUGCUUCAAGCAUGGUUACACCUGUAUUGUGUACAGCUUAUGGUAUCACGUUUAUACACUCUGCAAUGUCAAAGCCUCCUACAGAAGUCCUCUGGUGCAUGAGGGACUGAACAGUAUGUUGUAAAUGCAGAGUGACAAUCUCUGUUAAGUAAUUAAGCAGUUUUACCAGAGUCUACAUCACCUAAUAAAAUUAUCCAUUUUUUGCUCUUGCCUAUAAACCUGCCUUCCAUUCUAGACUUUUUAUUACUACAGUGUAAUAGGAAUUUAAAAUAAAGCAUAUCUGAUUGCACUUGC